AUGCGCUCAGUCACCUUCACUCUUCUAGCAGCUCUUGCAGCAUUCGCCGUGGCUGCUCCAGCCGCUGAGCCAGAAGCACAAGUUGGGUGCCCUCCAGCACUACCGGGAUGUGCACCACCUCCGCCGCCAACGAAGCGUAUGCCUGAGCCGGCUCCAGAGCCUGUGGUUAAGAAGCGAGUAGCACAAGUCAUUGGAAGUCCUCCGGCACAGCCUGGAUGCCCACCUGUCAUUCCGCCGGGCAGGCAGUAG